AUGGCCAAAGAUAAUGAAAACCCAACCCCACCACCUCCUCCUCCUCCAUCUAAUGACUAUCACCCUGAUAAUGCAAUUAGCAACAUCAAGAAUGAGGUUCCAGAAAUUCUUGAUCGUGACAAAGGGAACUAUGGUAGUUGGGUUGAACUUUUUGAAAUUCAUUGUCAUUCUUGCAAUGUUAUCGAUCAUAUCGAUCCUAAAUCCCCUCUUACUACGGACCUCACAACGGCGCAGUGGAACCGCCUUGACUCGAUUGUGAAAAACUGGAUUUACAAUACAAUUUCUGCAGAUUUAAGAAGCACGGUGUUGUACAAGAACGCUACGGCACAGGAAACUUGGGAUAGGCUCGCUAAUAUUUUUCACAUCAAUGGAGAAAUCCGUGCUAUUUAUCUUGAAAACCAGUUUAACAAUCUUUUUGUUGAAAAUUUUCCAGAUGUGUCUUCCUACUGUCAGAAAUUGAAGGAACUCAAAGAUCAACUAGCCAACGUUGGUCAACCCGUGUCCGAAAGAACAUUGGUAUUACGUCUUUGUGCAGGCUUAAUUGACUAA